GGUGUGACUUUUGAUGGAGCUCCCCCUCCCAGUUAUGUCAUUACUUCAGUUCCUUUGAAUCAGAAUAAAAAGUGCAGCAAACUUCAGACUCAUUGACUGCAGGCUUAACAGGCGCCGGGGCUUUUCUUCCUUCUGCAGCUUGCGAGGAUCUGGGUUUUUUUUUUGCAAAGCAGUUCUGAGGAAACAAUGGCCAACUUCUACUUAUGGGCAGCUUUUGGAUUAUGCUUGCUGAAGCUUUGUCUAACAGAGACACAAUUCAAUGUAAGUUGCAGAUAUGGAGGAGUGUUUCACGUGGAGAAAAAUGGUCGCUACAGUCUCACACGAACUGAAGCAAUUGAGCUCUGUAGAGCUCUCAAUAGUACCUUGGCAACACUGGAGCAAUUUGAAAGAGCUCAUGAACUUGGAUUUGAAACGUGCAGGUACGGUUUUAUAGUGGGGCAUAUUGUUAUCCCACGAAUCAAUCCAUAUCAUCUUUGUGCAGCAAAUCAUACAGGUGUUUACAAACUUUCAUCAAAUACAACUGGCCGGUAUGAUGCAUAUUGUUACAAUGAAACAGAAUCAAGGAUCAAAGCAUGUGAGCCAAUUGAAAGAAUCGAUACUUCUUUCCUCAGUAAUCAGAGUGAAAUAGUUAUUGACAAUGAGGAUGGCUCACGUUAUAAUGCAGAUGGCACACGUCAUAGUGGAGACUCCUCAACCUCAGGUGUGGAUGAUGAAAAUUUGGGUAGUGGAUCAAUACAUGACACAACUCCAGGGGAUACCUCUAUCAGGAGAUCAAGUCCUUCAUAUUAUGGAAGUGUUACUCCUAUCUCACAUAUGCCAGAUCAUUCUUCUGGAGGAGGUGAAAAAGACUUUCCUGUGAAGCAAUAUGAUGAUGAAAUUUCCCCUACAUCAACUGAUAUCUCAGCAACAGCUACUGAUUUCCACAAAGAAGAUGAUGUACAGCAUCCUGCAAGUACUACUCCAGAUCCGCAUCGUGACAACAUGGAGAAAACCACCACCCAGUCUUGGUGGAAUCCGUUUUUGGACCAGUGGUGGUGGUCAUAUCUCAAAGAGAAGACCCAGGAACCCACGCAGGCAACAAGUGCAGAUGUGUCCUCGAGUGGCAAUGGUUCAGAUGAUGAAGACUCUUCAGAGGAGAUGAUGUAUUCAACGGUGGUUCCAGGAUGGGAAAUAAGUGUAGCCAAGAAUGAGUAUGCUCCCAGUACUACUCCAGAUCCUCAUCAUGACAUCCUGGAGAAAAUCACCACCCAGGCUCAGUGGAAUCCAUUUUUACACCAGUCGUGGUUGUCAAAUCCCAGAGAGAAGACCCAGGAAUCCACACCGGCAACAAGGGCAGAUGUGUCCUCGAGUGGCAAUGGUUCAGAUGACGAAGACUCUUCAGAAGAGAUGAUGUACUCAACGGUGGUUCCAGGAUGGGAAAUAAGUGUAGCCAAGAAUGAGUAUGCUCCCAGUACUACUCCAGAUCCCCAUCGUGACAACCUGGAGAAAACCACCACCCAGUCUUGGUGGAAUCUGUUUUCAGACCAGUGGUUGUUGUCGAAUCCCAGAGAGAAGACCCAGGAAUCCACAUCGGCAACAAGUGCUGUGGACUCAAAACAUGAAAUGCUUCUUGAAGUCUCCACACAAGAUUAUUGGAAACCCUCCUACACAGAUGAAGAGGAGAGAUAUCCUAGCUCUGCUGGCAGGGCACUUGUUACAAGUGAAACUGAAAAACGUCAAGGACCAACCCAACAUCCGCUAUUACACAGUGUUCACAAUGGAUGGAUCAGUCAAGGACAAAAUCCUGUAAACACCACUGGGGCUACUGAACAACAGGAAUUUACUACUCCAGGUGAAAAUGAAAUUGAAAAGGAAACUUCUUAUACAGCUAUGGUCUCCAAUCAUGGGGCCAAACAGAAUGACUCAGCGCAAGACCCAUUGGUGUAUCCUGGUUGGGGCAAGGAAGAUUAUUCCAUACAACCCACUAUAAUGGACAGAGUUAUUCCUUCCAGAGAGAGUAAUCCUGAAAAAGAAUCUUCUAAUACAGUUCUUGCCACACCUGAUGUUGGUCACCAUGAAGAAGCAACUCUGCCUUCAGAUAAUGAAGCAGCACAGAGCACCGAAGGCAUCACACAUCCCACUGAUGCUCCCGGGGGUCCAGUUCUGCUUGGGUUGGAUCCUGCCAGUACAGAUGAAGCUGGUGAGGAAUCUCUACUCAUGAGUACCACAGUCACAGUGUCCGUGAAUGUUUUCCACCCAGAAGAAGGAACCAGCAGGCCCCUGGUACCCAGCAUUCAGCCUGGAAGUGACAGCGAACAAGCAAAUGCCACGGAUGGUUCUCAUGUCAAUUUGAUACCUGGAGUAUUUCCAGAUAUGGAUGAUCAUUUAUACCAAUUACCAUCUCAUCUUUCUACUACUCUUGACACACCUGAUGAUGCUUCUCAUGAAGAGCCAACUCAGCCAACACUGCCUUCAGAUAACGAAGCAGCACGGAGUACUGAGGGCAUCACACAUCCCACUGAUGCCCCUGGGAUUCCAGUUCUCCUUGGGCUGGAUCCUGCCAGUGCAAAUGAAGCUGAUGAGGAAUCUCUGCUCAUGAGUACCACCAUCAUCACAACAGUCACAGACUCCAAUGAUGUUCUGAACCCAGAAGAUGUAACCCGGGAAGUGUGGACACCUCGAGUCAUUGAUACGGCUCUUGCCACACCUGACAAUGGUCACCAUGAAGAAGCAACUCAGGCAACUCUGCCUUCAGAUAAUGAAGCAGCACAGAGCACCGAAGGCAUCACACAUACCACUGAUGCUCCCGGGGAUCCAGUUCUGCUUGGGCUGGAUCCUGCCAGUACAGAUGAAGCUGGUGAGGAAUCUCUACUCACGAGUACCACAGUCACAGUGUCUGUGAAUGUUUUCCACCCGGAAGAAGGAACCAACAGGCCCCUGAUACCCAGCAUUCAGCCUGGAAGUGACAGCGAACAAGCAAAUGCCACGGAUGGUUCUCAUGUCAAUUUGAUACCUGGAGUAUUUCCAGAUAUGGAUGAUCAUCUAUACCAAUUACCAACUCCUCCUCCUCCUAGGUCUACAUCCAAUAUAAAUAGUGAUCAGGGACCAUACCAGGAAGAUGGUGAACCUACUCCUUUCCCUGGAGAGUCCACAACAACAACUGUAACGUCACAACCAAGAUCAGCCCAGGUACCAGAAUGGCUGAUCAUCGUUGCUGCUCUCCUGGCACUGGCAUUGAUCCUCGCAGUGUGCAUUGCCGUUAACAGCCGGAGGAGAUGUGGGCAGAAGAAAAAGCUAGUCAUUAAUAAUGGCAAAGGUGCAGUGGAGGACAGGAAGACAAGAGAAUUAAAUGGAGACGCCAGCAAAUCACAAGAAAUGGUGCACUUGGUUCACAAAGAACAGUCGAAUGACCAAACAGGAGCAUGUGAUGAAUUCCUCACCGUUGAUGAAACACAGAAUCAUCAGGAUGUUGACAUGAAGAGUGGAGUGUAGCGGUAUGAAGUCACCAAAUAGAUCAGUGUUGGGGAAAUCAAAAUCACACGGACCUUGGGCAGGAAUUCACAGAUGCACUGUGCUACUGAUGUCGUUUGAACACGAUUAAGCUUAAAAUAUUCUUCAUUUUUAAUUAUUUUAGCAUGAUGUCCGAGUUACAAAAUUGACAUUUGCUUUCUGAAAUAAGCCCCAAGUGUUGCAGUCAGUUCCCAAUUUGCACAUAGAGGGCGCUUUCUGGAUCCUGGACAUGUGGCAUGCCAUUGUUCCCCAGAUGCAGUGCCUUCACUGUGCGGAGAUACAGAAGCACCCAGUUGCUCCAUGUUAUAGGCAUUUAAGGUACUAAGCUUGUCAUGGUACAGCAGUAAGUGAGUAACAGAUGUUAAAAGCCAAAAUUGAAAAGACUUAAAACAGAAGUGCCUCCUAUACUAUGCCUAACCCAGCAGAAUCCACCAGCAAUGCCUACCAGCCAGGAAGAGUGCAAGGUGCAUUCAAAGUCUGCCAGUAAAAGCAAAAAUUAACGUUUUGUAAUGAUUGAUGACUUGGUCUGUAACAAGUGAAACCCAGAAGGAUAAAGUUUAUUUAUCUCUAUUUUAAAAUGUCUGUGGGCACGCAGCAGGAUUUUUUGGGAGGGGAAACAAAGUGAGGAAAACGUGAGCUGAUGCAUAAUAAACUUGUCUUCUUUGUUGUCUUAACAAUCUGUACAUAUAUCCUUGAGUUUCCAAGGUGUCCAUGGCUCUUCCCCACCCCCUCCUUCACAGAUCACAGUUCGUGUAUGUUUUUUAAGAAGUCAGCUAGUAAAAUUAAUAAAGCAGUAUGACCCUAGAUCUAUUGUGCGUGCACAAAUCAAGCAAUUGGAAGCCAUCAGACAUGACGACAGUAUUUUUAUUCCUGAUGAAUAGGUCUUUCUCUUCCCCUGCUCCAUUUUUACUUAGGAGAUGCUGAGCCCAAAUCUUGUUUCUCCCAUGAUUGUUGUAUUGCACCAGUUUGCCAGUAUUUUGAAAGUUAGUUAUAUAUGACAUUGCUCACUUCUGAUUUCUGUUUCAUCCACUUUUUACUUCUUCUAGCCCAAAAUGCCAAAAGAAAAACUUAGUUUAUCGGUAAAAGAAGUUGAAAUUUUACAGAAUAGAUCAAUGAAAUUUUAAGGAAACUCACCACCCAGUAAUGUAAUAUAGUAAAAUAGUUGCAGCUGCAUCAUCAUGCUCUUCUGUUUUGUCCUUCUAUGUCUGUUAUGUGAAGUAUUUGUAUUAAGCUAUGAUGCUGCGCAUUGUAUUCAUAUGAACUGCCAGGAAGAAAAUGAUUUACUACCAGUGAUCUGUGCCAUCUUUAAGAAAGCAUAUUGGAGUGGAGAAUAACUUCUAAUUGGGCUGCCUCAGAAAAAUGCAAGUAAAACCAACCAGAAGUGACUGCAAGCAGCAAGGUCUGUGUUGGCUGGGAUGGGGAACGUUUGCUAAGAGAUGUUCAGAGGUAUCUGCUCCCUGACCACAGCACCUGCGCUGGAAUUCACUUUGCUAAUGUAUGUUAUUUGGUGUUCUCCAUCUGAAGCAGUGCAGAGGAUGAGUUUUCAGCUGGCUGCAUAGUAACAUUAACUAGCACUGGUCUUUACUAUAACACCAAACAAAAUGAAAAUCAUGAUUGUGGUUCUAAGUUUACAGCCCUUCAGCAGUUUCCCAAGCAUUCCAUCGAGUGGCUUGGAGCCCUGGAAUCUGCGGGCAGAUCUCCUCAGGGAAAAUGUGCACCUUGGCAAAAGGUCCCAAGAUGAGGUGUGAUUUCAGUGUACAUAUAGGAUGCUUUCUGACUCUGUGUAUGUCUCUUCUGUGAGCAGUCCAAGAGUGCUCACACAAGCCAAAGCCAAUAAGGAUAAGGCAAUGUACGCUGUCAGUACAUGAGGCCCACUGUCAAACCUCUGCCCAACCAUAGUCACAUAUUUCAAUACUGAGCUGUGCAAAGUCUGUUGACAGUCUGCAUUGGGUUUUGUUUAAUUCUUGUAAGGUUUUAAGGCAAGCUUUUCUAUCUGUCAUUAUAAAUGAAGAUGAUUGAUUGAAGGCUGUGUUUAAACUGGUGUUACAUACGUAUUUCUCUAGGUGCGGAGAUCCAGAAUAAGAAUUUUUCCUCUUCUUAAAUCUUCAUUUAAUGUAAGCCUCAAUCAAAAGGAGAUAAUUCACUGUCCGGGUGGGUAAAUGUUCUUAAAAAACAAAAGUACAAAGGACCAUGCCAUGUUAUUCAUCUUCCAAUGGAGAUGUUGAGAAAAUGGAGAAAUCCACCCAAUCCUUCUAAUUUAUCUCAUGCUCAAUACUUAUAGAAGUAUGGAUCAUACUUGUUGGCUUCUUUUUAUAUUUGUUAUAGGGAGAUGCUCAAUUUCUCUUUAAAAAGGCAGUGCCGUUAUUUUAUAUAUGCUGUUUCUUUUUAGGUUAUGCUGUGCAAAUGAUGCAUAAUUAAGUUUCAUUGUAGUUUCAAAACUAGAUGGCCAUUUCAUACAUGUAAUAUAGUGCAUAUUUUUAUUAAUCUUGGUUUUAUUGUUUCAGGGGUUGUUGUUGUGUGUAUGUAUUUUUUAUAUAGAGCACUAGAUAUAUUUGCAUAUUUAUUUAACAGAUUAAGCAAAAUUAAAGAAAAUAUAACCUCUAAAUUGUAACUAGAAAAAGUAUUGCCAAAAAAAAUACCGCAUGGAGCUGUAAAAUAAGCUUCCAAAAAUAAACUUGGUUCCACAUUGAGUAUGAGAAGUGAGGUCCGCGUUGCUAGCGGGAGAGGAGAAGCAUUUGGCAGAGUGGUCAUACUGAGCCACAGUCAGAUCUCCUGCUUGCAGAACCAGCUGAAGGCUGCAGCACCUUCCGUGCUCCACCAGCCUCCAGUGGGCCCCCACCUCCAUGGGGUUAGCAACAAACUCAGCUCCCUUGGAGCACAAAUCUUGGUCCAAGUUAAGGUGCACACAGUGAGAUGGAAAUCAUGUUUAAAGCAGUAAGUAUAUUUAAAAGAGAGGUGAUAUUUUUACAAGAAUGUAAUAUUUCAUUGAACAAUCCCGGGUGAUGAUUUCACCUGUAUUUUCUUGAAGAUUCUGAAAGGAAUGUUUGAUUAAAGCAGAGAAAGGAUGUAU